UCGUGCCCAUCGCGCCCACAGCGGCGUCGACGCGUGCACGUCGUGCAGCAGUCGCGCACGACGACGCGCAUCGACGAGAGGCGCAUCGACGAGAGGCGCGUCGACCGCAUGACGGCGCCACGAGAAACGGCGUCGCGACGCUGUCGUCAGGCGGCGCCGGUCGCGAGGAAACGUGACGGGGUGUACGGUGCGGUGCGAAAGGACUGCGGACAGUGGGUAACUGAACGAGAAAGCAGCAGUGUCUCUAUCUCCGUCCCGUCGGUAUCCCCCAGGUCGACCUUUCAGUUGCCGCGCGUUUCACUCUCGACCGCUCCUAGAAAACUCCGGAGACGAGGUUGAGCGCGAGUGCACACGCGCUCUUUUCGCGACUCUCUCGCUCCUACCCCGUCCGUCCUACCCAGUCUUACCGUCAUCUCCUCUUUCUCCUUCUCCCCGUAUCUCUUUCUGUCAUUCAUAUCUUUUCGCCUACUCCUCUGUUGCUUUCCUCGUCGGCACGCUCUCUCGGAGACAGUCUCGUUACACGUAUUUGCCGCAACGUCCGAUAUACCUGAAAAAUACAGAAGAUCUGAACUAGUGAAGAUUUACAUGGAUGAAUGAUUCUAAACUUUCUCAGGAUAAUGCGCGGAUUGACAAUUCAUUUCAUCGCACGAAUUGGAGCGAAUAAUUCAUAUGCCGAGGAGAGGACACCGAAGGAGGUGCAUAAUGUGACGAUCGUCCCAAAAUAAUUUAACUUUGUAUAUUUAAUAAACAAAAAUCCUAUUGCCUUCAUGUUCCACGAAUGGUAAUAUCUCCUAAUGUCGAAAAACAAGCGAAUUCUGCGAAAUGCUCUCGAGUUCUGAAGGAAUAUGCUAGAACAUUAUUGUUCGUUCACGUAGAUUCGCAUAAGAAUUUUUCGACUAGAGAACAUGGAGGAUAUAAAAGUGCCGAACUUAGGACAGGCCGCAUCGGCCGCAUGUUCUAUGGCGACCAAUUUCCUGGCGCCGGUGAAGACCGAGCGGCAGAUCUAUGAAAAUUCGAUGCUCGAGGAUGAUCCUAAUGCAAACUCAGUAGUACCGACCUCGCAGGAAGACAGAACUGUACCCAGAUGGGGUCCGAAUCACAAAGGCGCCCAAGAGCUCGCGAAUCUAUAUAGCACCGGAAAGAGAACACAAGAGUGUAUCUGUGUAGGAAUCUGUAUCACUCUGAUAGCUGUGAACUCUGUAUUCGUGCUCAUCAAAUUACGACUAGAAAAUUUGAGUUCCAUAGCAAUAGCUGCAUUGUGCGGUAUCAUCACCGCCGACUUUGGCUCCGGUUUAGUUCAUUGGGCCGCUGAUACCUGGGGAUCCGUUGAACUUCCAAUCCUGGGGAAGAAUUUCCUACGACCAUUUCGCGAGCAUCACAUAGAUCCUACCAGUAUAACGAGACACGAUUUCAUAGAAACUAAUGGCGAUAAUUUUAUGGUCGCGAUACCAGUCCUGUCUAAGCUCACGUGGGACUUUCUAACGUUGUCUGAAAUGGAAAUGCAACAACGAUUCGUGUGGACGUGUUAUUGGUUCCUGCUUGCCAUCUUUGUAGCAAUGACUAAUCAGAUACAUAAGUGGUCGCAUACGUAUUUCGGAUUACCUGGCUGGGUUAUAUGGCUUCAAGAGCUCAGGAUUAUCCUACCGAGGAAGCAUCACCGCGUACACCACGUCGCACCCCACGAGACUUACUUUUGCAUCACUACGGGAUGGCUGAACUGGCCUUUAGAAAAACUUCAAUUUUGGUAUAUUUUGGAGAUGAUAAUCGAGUGGUCCACCGGUUGCAAACCUAGAGCUGACGAUCUGAAAUGGGCGCAAAAACGUUCUUGAGAAUUAAUAAUCGUCCUACUUUCCUUACUGUAUAUUUUACUAUAUGAUCGAGAUAUUUAACGUACGGCCAAACGUAACGGAAAUACAAAAAAACACAAACAUCGAACUAAGUAGAGAUUAAGUGAAAGAUUUGUAUGGGCAAUAGUAAAAAAAAAGCUUGUAUACAUGGAAUCUUCAAUUGUUUGAAGAGAUAUGUAUACAUAUCGAGUAUGUAUACAUAUUAUACUUUUUUCUUUUCGUACUACGAUACGAGGCCUUUUGUGAAGACAGAUAGAGUGCAUAAGGAUAAAUAGCAUUAUUCGAUAUGCUUUUAAAGUUUACACGUUUUUAAUACGUACGCGCAAUAAUAUAUGUAUAUAUAUGUAUGACAAAUAAGGAAUAAGUAUAAAUUUCAGAAUCACGCUUACGAAAUUACAAUCUGACAAAUCUGUCAACACCAUGUCGAUAACUUCUUUAUGUAUCGCACAAUCAUCGCGUAUCAAUUUUUGCACAAACUUAUUUUAACAUAAUGUACAAGAGAGCAAUUUGAGAAAAACCACCGUGAUAUUAAAGGCCAGAUACGAGACGUAAUAAUAAGCUAAAAUACCUCAUAUUUUUUUAAAAUACACGAUUACAUUUUUCUAAUGUGUCGUUAAACGAAUAAAAGUAAACAUGAAAAAUGUGUAUGAUAACACAUGAUAGAGAU